CUGUGCUUUAACAGAGCUCACACCUCCAAGUCUUCCUGUUUCCCCGAAGGCAUGGCUAGUGCAGGCCUCUGGGUGGUGCUUUCUCAAUCAGAGCUGCUGGCCAAUAGACCGAAGUCAUGGUUGACACAGUAGCCUUUAUUCUUCUGUUCUACUGGCUGAGCCGAGGCUCCUCCUAAGGGACAAUAAGGAUCUGCAUCCAGAGUCAUACUGCCUGAGAGUCUUGGACUCCAUAGAACCUACUGCCUACUGACAGGAGCCAUGAAGUCCCUAUUGUCUGCUCUUAUGAUCAUUAUGUUCCUGGCCCACUUGGUCACAGGUAACUGGUACGUUCGAAAGUGUGCGAACAAAUUGGGCACCUGUAGGAAGGCGUGCAGAAAAGGGGAGUACCAGACAGACCCUGCAACGGGGAAAUGCCCCAUAGGAAAACUGUGCUGUGUUCUGGACCUCAAAUGUGUAGGCGCAGAUGGAAACCAAGCUGCUGGGGGGACACAGGCGGCAGGGGGGACACGGGCGGCAGGGGGGACACCGGGAACAGGGGGAACUGGGGCCACAGGGGCAGCGGCCACCACUGCCGCACCCUGAACGCUGCUGCCUCUUGUCUUAUGACCUAAUAUCCCUGAUUGAUUAAAGCAAAGAGGCCUAAA